AUGCAGUCGCUCAACAUCACUCCGGAGCAGUUCUCCCGGCUGCUGCGGGACCACAACCUGACACGGGAGCAGUUCAUCGCUCUGUACCGGCUGCGGCCGCUCGUCUACACCCCCGAGCUGCCAGGGCGCGCCAAGCUAGCCUUCGUGCUCACCGGCGUGCUCAUCUUCGCCCUGGCACUCUUUGGCAACGCCCUGGUGGUCUAUGUGGUGAUCCGCACCAAGGCCAUGCGCACCGUCACCAACAUCUUCAUCUGCUCCUUGGCGCUCAGCGACCUGCUCAUCACUUUCUUCUGCAUCCCGGUCACGCUGCUCCAGAACAUCUCUGACAAUUGGCUUGGGGGUGCCUUCAUUUGCAAGAUGGUGCCAUUUGUCCAGUCCACUGCCAUAGUGACAGAAAUUCUCACUAUGACCUGCAUUGCUGUGGAAAGGCACCAGGGACUUGUCCAUCCUUUUAAAAUGAAGUGGCAAUAUACCAACCGAAGGGCGUUUACAAUGCUAGGUGUGGUCUGGCUGGUGGCAGUCAUUGUGGGAUCACCCAUGUGGCACGUGCAAAGACUUGAGAUUAAGUAUGACUUCUUAUAUGAAAAAGAACAUGUCUGUUGCUUGGAAGAGUGGACCAGCCCUGUGCACCAGAAAAUCUACACCACUUUCAUCCUUGUGAUCCUCUUCCUGCUGCCCUUUAUGGUGAUGCUGAUCCUGUACAGUAAAAUUGGUUAUGAACUUUGGAUAAAGAAAAGAGUGGGGGAUGGUUCGAUGCUUCGAACCAUUCAUGGAAAAGAAAUGUCAAAAAUAGUCAGGAAGAAGAAGCGAGCUGUCAUUAUGAUGGUGACGGUGGUGGCUCUCUUCGGUGUGUGCUGGGCGCCUUUCCAUGUUGUUCACAUGAUGAUCGAAUACAGCAAUUUUGAAAAGGAAUACGAUGAUGUCACAAUCAAGAUGAUUUUUGCUAUCGUGCAAAUCAUUGGAUUUUCCAAUUCCAUCUGCAAUCCCAUUGUUUAUGCAUUUCUGAAUGAAAACUUCAAAAAAAAUUUCCUGUCUGCAGUUUGUUAUUGCGUAGUACAAGAAUCCUUAUCUCCAGCACAAAGGCGUGGCAGUUCAGGACUGACAAUGACGCAGAAGAAAGGAAGGUUUUCCCAGAGAGAGGUUCUGGUAGAGGAGACCAAAGGGGAAGCCUUCAGUGAUGGCAACAUUGAAGUCAAACUGUGCGAACAACCAGAGGAGAAGAAAAAUUUCAAACGACAUCUUGCCCUGUUUAGUUCUGAACUUUCUGGGAAUGCUGCCCUAGGCAGUGGGCGCUGA